AUGUCAUUAAAUAUAUCUUUAUAUACCGUAUCUGCUGUUCUAAUAUUAGACAAUGAGGGUAAUAGAUUAUUUGCAAAAUACUACAAAUCGUCAUUAGGUGAAGACUCAACUAAUUUAUCAAGCAAGUUUCCUCAUCAAUUUGACACUCAACAACAACAACUUAGUUUUGAAAAGUCAUUGUUCUCUAAAACUUACAAAGUGAAUCAGGAUAUAUUAUUGUACGAUAAUCACUUGAUUGCAUACAAGCAAACCAAUGAUCUUUUGUUGUAUUUGGUUGCACCAUUAAAUGAAAAUGAAAGUUUGAUCUAUUCAACCAUGAAUAAUCUAUUUGAGGCAUUGACUAUAUUAUUGGAUAAUACCGUUGAUAAACAAACAAUUUUAGACAAGUACGAUAUGGUCAGCUUGGCAAUUGACGAAACUAUAGAUGACGGAAUAAUCAUUGAAUACGAUCCUGCAACUAUCGUGAGCAGAGUCACUAACCCACCAUCUGCAGUUUAUGAGAACGUGAAUUUGAAGAAUAUAGAUAUUAGUGAAAAGGGAUUGUUCAAUGCUUUGUCGUUUGCUUCUAAGAAAUUGGGUGAGAGAUUGCAACAAGGAUUGUAA